GAGAGCGAGAGCAUGAAACAUGUAGUGGAACAACUGAGGCGACUCGUGGUGCAAGCAGAAGACAAGAGGUGUAUAAAUCCUGAGUAGAGCUGAGAUCAAAUAGAGGAAACCCGAUGAAUCAUGUCAUCCGAAGCAGGUUUUAAGAUUGUUGUCAAGUUCAAGAAGCGCACUGGAAUGAGGACAAGCAUGGAGUGACAUUACGCGCAAGAGGCUGGCACUGACUUCGCAUUUGACCUCUAAGGAAACCAUUUCUGAAACAAACAAUCUGCGCAGGAUGUAUCAAUGAAGAAUGUGAACGGAUCUGGCUCUCUCCAAACGGGGUGGAUGAAGCCCUCGGCGGUGUCAUGCGUCUUGCCCCGCAGCCAAGCGCGCACCCCUUGCGGCUCAUAGCCUUGUUUCUGGUCCUUCUCGCGGGGGUGACCACGUCCCCAGUAUUGUCCACGGGCUGCCCGGACCGUUGCGUGUGUGAUGACCAACUGGUGGUACAAUGCGCCGGGCAACACCUGACCACGUUCCCGGUAAAUUUGCCCCUGGCCACGCGGCAGCUCAUCAUCUCCAACAACAGGAUAGUGGAGCUGCCUCCGCUCGCACUAAACUACCUCUCGGACCUGGUGUAUCUGGACUGCAGCAACAACUCACUCACAGAAAUAUCUGAGUCCACAUUUGGGAAUUUACGCAAACUAGCCUAUCUUGACCUAUCCUUUAACACACUUAAUCGCAUAGAAGACAGGACGUUUGGGCCCUUGGCCAGUCUGGUCAUGCUGAGGAUGACAGACAACCCGGGGCUCUCACACAUUCACCCGGACGCCUUUGCAGAAAACGCGGCUCUCCAAGUGUUGGACGUGAGCCGCAACAACUUGACAACCCUCAACAUCACGUCACUGAUCGCGCUGCCAGCUCUCCGCUCCGUGGGGCUCAGCGGGAAUCCCUGGAGCUGCGACUGUGACAAUGAAGACCUGUGUCUGUGGGUUCACCUGGAAGGCUUCAAAUUUCAAGAUGAAGGUCAGACAGUGUGUGGCUCACCUGCAGAUCUCCAGGGCAGCCGUCUGGGUGAGGUGGGCGUCCAGUUACGGACACUGUGUCACCAAACUCUGGGCUCUUGGGACUACCUCUUCUUCGUCCUUAUUGGUUUUGCCAUCUUUGCGGCUGGCACU